CGGAAAGAGACAAAUCCUGACGACGUACAUGUGGAUUUAUGAGAAAUGGAAAGACUCACACCUCACUUGGGAACCUCGUGAUUUCGACGGACUGGACCUGAUCAUGGUUCCAGCAACAUCCAUUUGGCUGCCGGACAUUUAUAUCUUUAAUAUAGCGGGCUCUUAUAAAGACGGAUUCGUCAAUGUCACCGGAAGUAAAGUGCUCGUUCAGCCAGAUGGUAACGUGACUUGGGCGGUUCCACUCCAUAUCAACAGCUAUUGUUCCGUUGACGCCACGUUUUUCCCAUACGAUAAACAAAUGUGCGAUAUCCAUUUCGGUUCAUGGAUCUAUGACAUUUCGCAACUGGAAAUCAGAACAUACACAGAGUCUGUCGAUCUCACGAGAUACAUCGUAAAUUCGGAGUUCGAUCUAACUAAAACCGAAAUGAGACAAACCGUCGAGCAUGCGGGCUGUUUCCCUGGAGACGGGAAACAUUCUAUGGUGCAUCUGAACCUGUUGUUGAGGCGUAAAACCAAUUACUACGAUUAUAUAGUCAUCGCUCCGACCAUAAAUCUGUGUGUGCUGACACUUGCCACGUUCUUGCUGCCAUGUGAGUGUGGGUGGAAAAUUGCAAUUGGUCUAACAGUGUUCCUUACUCUCUACGUUCUACAACUCCUAAUUGCAGAGAAUGUGCCGGACACGAAUUCGACCCCUUUGAUAAGUGUUUUCCUUCUUGUUGUCAUGUCGUUAAAUUGCAUUUCACUCAUUAUGGCAACGAUAAUCAUGAAUGUCAAGCGCAGAGGGUUGAAAGAUCCUCCACCACCAGUCCCAAAAAUGCUGCUACAUAUCUGUGAAAGCUGCUUGAGCAAAUUAAUCUGCAACUAUCUUUCCAACUGGAAACGAAUAGCCGCCAUAGAUAGAGUUGGUGAAGAAAGCGUCACAAUCUUUCCGCCAGACGACGAUUACGACGCUGAGGUCUACAGUUAUGAUGCAUGUCAAUACGUCGAGCUUCAAGACAUCACGCCCGAUGCUUCGAACGAUUCUAGUGUUGUACAUUCAACGUGCAAUGAUGACGUUACGACGUUAAAUGAAGAAUUAUCAAGAACUCAGACCUCCGAAUCCUCAUGUUUAUUAAAUAGUUUUGAUAGCCAAUGCCCAGGUGGAAGUAGAAGUGUGGAACCUUUGUUACAACCAGAUUUGAAUCAGAAUCCGUACCACAAAGGGCAUGAUAAUUGCAAAUAUAAUUGCGAAGAAUAUAGUGAUCUUUUGAUUGCACCUUUAGCUAGUAUUUGUUUACGUCCUGAUUACAUGUGCCGACAAAGACCAAAGCAAAGAUUGUCAUACAGACGGGCUAUAAAGUCCGGACACACUCUGGUCCGGGAACAAAACGGAAUUGGCCAUAACAACGAUUCUGUGAUCGAAAAUAUAAGCUUGAAGUACCAGUGGUUCUUUGUUGCUGAUGUAAUUGAUACGUUUGCAUUCUUUAUAUAUUUAAUUGUGAUGCUUGUUAGUAUAUUUUCUGUUUUGGUUAUCAUGCCUUUGUUCGUAUGAAUAUAUGCUUUACCAUAUUCCAGUCUGCUUCUGUAUAUAAUUGUCAGUACUCCGAUAGUGUGUCUUAGUAAAUACUUUCGAUUAAUGAACAUGGUUGUGUUUAAUUUGUUUAAAAUGUAAUUGAAUGAACUUUUAUUGUAUCUUAUUUAAUGGGGAAGUAAUGCUACAAGAUGUGCCAUUACGUAAUUAGGUGUUAACAUGCGUUAAAGCCGCGUUUGUGUAAGAACAUGAAGUGGGCUAUCAACGAAUUUGUGUUUUUACUCAGUAAAACCUUCAAAAGUAAUUUUUUACUUAUACAUAACAUGCUAGAUGUGCACAAUCGUAGUUUGCACUCCUAAGGUAUAUUUUAGGUGCGCACGCGUGAUUUACAUUACACAAACAAUAGCAAUACGAUGUUAAUGUUUAUUUGCAUUUGUUCACGUUUGCAAUAGUAUAUUGUAUAAAGCAACAAUACCCCUUUUCUGUCCAAAUUGUUCAAUAAAAAUAAACCCAGAACCGUAAAUUACCAAUAUUCAGAUUGCUUUGUUAAUUUUACACAAACAUAGUAAACUUUUUAAAAUCAAUAUAAUGUAAAGAUAUGUCAAUAUAUGUACAUCAUCUUUCUUUGAGCAGUAUGUAUCAUCUAAACUACCAAUUGUUUAACUUAUUGACUUCGCUGAUGAUUGGGGAGGGUGUGCAAACAUUUGUCCCAAACAUCUCUUGUUUCGUCAUCAUAGAAUUUACUUAUGCAUAAGAAUAAAAUAAUUCGCAUUUACUAUUAUGACACAUGUAAAAUCCUUUCAAAAUCAGACAUCGUUAUUAUUGAAUAAACUAUCAUUGGUGGAAAGUAUGAGCGUUAUUGAUACCGACACGAUUUGCAAGAAUUCUUCAUGCUGAUAGGUUCGCAUUUUAACGAUUUUGAUGUUAAUGUCUAUAGCUAAAAUAUCUUUAUUAAACAUCAAACAACUGAUAUUGUUCAAAACAACUGUUUGAUAUAAUUAAAGUAACGCGUGUGAUCAAUCACGCUUUACAAAUAAAAUAAUAACAUGAACAUUCUUAAUAAUUUUUUCUUGACAAAUAGCUUUGAAUAAAAAUGUAUUAUAUAAGACAUUAAUUGAUAUGAUACCCACACUCUAUAGUAUCAACACAAACCAAUUUAAAAUAUACCAUGCCUUUAAUAUGAUAUAGAUUAUUUAAAAAAACACGUAAUAAUACCAAAAAAUCAUAUACUUAUAUUCAUCGUUUUUUAUUAAUUAUCUAUUACGAACUAUAAUGUUAUUUGAUUAAAAGAAUCGUUCAUUA